AUGGGCUUCCCUAUCAUCGGAGAGAGCCUUGAAUUCCUCUCUACAGGAAGGAAAGGUUACCCCGAAAAGUUCAUUUAUGAUAGAAUAGCUAAAUACUCAUCCCAAGUUUUCAAGACUUGUAAUCUAGGGCAGCCCACUACAGUUGUUUGCGGUGCGGCAGGCAACAAGUUCUUGUUUUCUAAUGAAAACAAGCUUGUUACCUCAUGGUGGCCAGACUCAGUAAACAAGAUCUUCCCUUCCUCUACACAAACCUCUUCAACAGAGGAAUCCAAGAAGUUGAGGAAGUUUCUACGUAACUUUUUGAAGCCUGAAGCCUUGAUAAGAUAUGUAAGCAUGAUGGACACUAUUGCACAAAGACACAUAGAGGCUAGCUGGGAAGGCAAACAACAAGUAACUGCGUUUCCACUAGCUAAGAUGUACACCUUUUGGAUAGCAUGCAAAGUAUUCUUGAGCAUUGAUGAUCCAAAGGAUGUUGCCAAGUUAGCCCAUCCUUUCAAUAACUUGGCAUAUGGGAUAAUUUCUUUUCCCAUAGAUUUGCCAGGAACAUCUUUCAAUCGCAGUAUCAAGGCCUCGAAGUGGGUAAGAAAAGAUUUGCUAUCUAUCAUAAAGAAAAGAAAGGUUGAUCUAGCGGAGAAUAGAGUACUGCUUACGCAGGAUAUACUGUCUUACAUGCUUUUAACAGCUGAUAAGGACGGGCAAUACAUGAAGGAGACAGACAUAGCUGAUAAAAUUAUAGGUUUGUUGAUUGGUGGUCAUGACACUACUAGUGCUGUAAUUGCUUUUAUUGUCAAGUAUUUUGCAGAGCUUCCUCACAUCUGCCAGGAGGUUUUAAAGGAACAAAUGGAUAUUGCCAAGUCGAAAAGGCCGAAGGAGCUGCUCAACUGGAAUGAUAUUCAGAGAAUGAAGUACUCUUGGAAUGUUGCAUGUGAAGUGAUGAGACUAGCUCCUCCACUUCAGGGUGCUUUUAGGGAGGCCAUACAUGACUUCAACUUUGCAGGUUUCCACAUACCUAAAGGUUGGAAGGUAGGGCAUGCAGUGGCAUUAUAUUGGAAUGCCAAUUCAACACACAGGAAUCCUGAAAGCUUCCUGGAUCCUGAAACAUUUGAUCCGACAAGAUUCGAAGGGAUCGGACCGGCACCUUAUAAAUUUGUUCCGUUUGGAGGAGGGCCUAGGAUAUGUCCUGGGAAAGAAUAUGCACGGCUGGAGAUACUUGUGUUCAUGCAUAAUUUGGUCAAAAGAUUCAGGUGGGAGAAGCUGAUUCCUGAUGAGAAGAUAAUUGUGGAUCCCCUCCCAUAUCAUGCUAAACAACUUCCCAUCCACCUCUUCCACCACUAA